AUGGAGGUGUCGUCGGCUGUUGGGUUACCUUCGCCCGCUCUAAUGGAUGGUCCGGCUGCAAAGUCCGUAACAAAGUCUUCAAAGAAGCGACCAGGAGCUCUCAGUUCUCCUGAGGCACGUUCCAAGCGACAAGGCAGAAAAGUAGCGAAGACCCAUCCCAGUUAUUCUCAAAUGAUUAAAGAAGCGAUCACUGCUUUGAAAGAUCGAAAAGGCUCAAGUCGUGCGGCAAUUUUGAAAUAUAUCUCACGCCAUUAUCAGUUAGGUGACAACGGUAAACGUGUACAUUCUCAACUUCGAUUGGCCAUCAAAAAAGGUAUCGCAACGGGAAAGUUGACGUCUGCGAAAGGUGCUGGUAUGAACGGUUCCUUCAGACUUGGUACCAGAGUUGAAAAAAAAGGGGCGAAGAAAAGGUCAUCGCAUAAGCAAAAAAAGACAUCAAGGCAAAGGAAGAAAACCAAGGUCGUCUCUCCAAAGAAGCCGCGAAUGAAAAAAGCCUCAACCAAAAAAGUCCGCCAAGGCGGAAAUAAAGGCAAAAAAGCCUAG